AUGGCUUCCCAAGCAAAACAAGUUUUCUAUGUUAUCGACCCGUCAGAUAUAUCGGGGAAAUGGUCAACCGUUCUCCCAGGAAAACACAUUCCUAUUAGUGAUGAAAUUCUUGAUAUUCCGUCCACACCUUCUUACACAACACAAGUUCCCACCUCAUAUGAUGAAGUUGAUGGAGAUGUUGUCCAUGCUAUUCAAAUCGAUUAUAAAGAAGAAAAAGAUUUAAACAGGACACUCGCGGAAGAAUUCAGGCGAAAUCAAUCUGAAAUUUUAAGAAAUCAAAAUACUCGAUCUAGCAUGAAUCAUGAAAGACAAGAAGUCAGAAUUCUCAUAAGGAAUCAACAUGAAAUUAUAAGAAAUCAAAAUGCUCGAGCUAGCAUGAAUCAUGAUAGACGAGGAGCCGGAGUUGAAGUUUCGUUUAAUAGAAGAGCAGAGAAUGCUAGACGUGUGAUAAAAGAGCUUCCAGUCCUUAAAACUUUUAAAGGAGAUGAUGGAACUGCGAACUGUCCGAUUUGCAUGGAAGAAUUUAAAAAAGGAGAGUUGAUUCAACCUUUUGGUUUGUGUGCUCAUGAAUUUCAUUCAUCAUGUCUCAAUUCUUGGUUACAUGGAGGGAAAACAACUUGUCCAAUUUGUCGCCAAGAUUUGUUAAGUAAUGUAUGA